AUGGAACAAGCGAAGCUAGCGAAGUUUUUUGACCAGAAAGGUGGCAGUAGUACAAGAACUUCUAGCAGGGAUAAGAAGAAGCAAGGAGCAACAGGCCAAGCAGACGAAGAUGAUGUCCUUCCCCAAUUUAUUGAGAGGAAAAACGUCCCCACACCAGAGUCAAGAUGGGAAAUCUGCUAGACAAAUCAACCAGCUUUCGCUGUUUCGCAUGACAACUUUGCCCUCAUAGUGUGAUCCUGUUUCGCUAGUUCAGCAGCAUCACAGAUCUGGCUUAUCAUGCUGAUUCUAUCAUCACAAACUCCAAAACGCGACUAGAAAAUACUUCUCAUGGGGCUCCGCAUGAGAGACUUUUUUGGCAUGCAGAUUUGCAUGACAACUCUGGGGUGGGGACGUUUUUACUCAGCAUAGAAUUUGAUUUCGAUCUCACCACCUUCACCUUAGACGACGCCAUGUUCCUAUCGCCAGAAAAAACUGUUUCACUGUAAACUUGUAAUGCAGAAAAUGUAUCCGAGAAGUAUUUGUCUUGCCACACAUGCAAGACAAUGGAUUUUUAGCUGUGUUUUCCCUUAGGAAUCUCGCAUGGCAAAUUUUCUCUGGGAUGUAGAACAAACUUGUGAUGCAAAACUUGCAAAAUCCUUACAGUGAAACACUUUUUUCGUGGGAUAGUUCCGGCUGAAAGUGCUCGGUUUCGCGGAAAAACAAGCCGGGUUUUUGGCGGCCAAGCUCGUGAAAAAAACCAAGGAUUUGGUUGCAACAGGAAAGUACCUUGUUUCCACCACUGGCACAGAUACAACAGCCGGUGGAAUUGGAGAAAAUAAAGCGGAGAAAACUAAAACAGUAAGUUUUCUGCCGACAGGAGGAGCUACUACUAGCAGUAUCAAUCGGUCGUCGAAGAAAUUUAUCCAACUCGGGCUCGAGGAUCUAGAAGAGUGGCAGGACUGGGAGCAGCAUUGUGACAAGCAAGACAAGGAAAAAAUCAACGCCCAGGCCUUGGAAACAAAAACAGUAGCAAGGCCGUCGCAAUUGAACUCGGACGGGAGUGCUGGGGGCGCCGGGGUGGAGAAAGUGGCUCUGCUAAACGGGCUAAUCGGGCAGGUGCUGGAAACGACGGACUCGGAAAGAGAACAAGUUGGCAGUAAAGAGACCAUAUGCUCUGCAAAAGUAUCGUACUCGUAGUAAUUGCUGUUAUGCAUGACAAAUCUCCUUCCAAAGGCGAAACAGCAUCACAAAUUUCAUUUGUAAUGCUAAGCCAAUUUGUGAUGCAAUUACUACUAGUACGAUGCUUUUGCAGUUCAUAGACCAACAAGCUAAACACAAACAUCAAAGACCGUCGACUCAGCAGCACUUUCGAAAUCGACCUGACCGCUUUGUCGGGCACGCCGAAUUUCGGGGCAAAGGAGACGGCGAUAUCAGCUGUAAAAAUGUCUGGGUCUGGAACAAAGCAACUUGUCAUGGUAAAUCUGAAUCAUGUAAAAACCUGUGUUGCAUGAUUACCAAAAGCUGUCCACUUUUGACCUAAUCGAGAGGCAGUUUCCCAAGCAGGAUAGGCAUGAUAGAACUCUCACAGAAUCUGUCAUGCUAUGUCCUACAUACCAGACCUCAUGGGUCAUGGAAAACCAGCAUGACAAGUCUGGCACUCCUCCAGACCCAGACACUUUUGCAUUUGAUAGGCGACGCAGCUGAGCAACUUUCUGGUGCUCAUGCCGGCGAAAAGGAGGUAUAACGAGAAAGACGGGAAGAAGAAGAAGGAAGUAAACACUUCUGCUAAAAAGUCUCUGACGGCAUCGAAACGCGGCAGGGGUGAGCGCAGGAAGUCCCCCACCUCGACCCCGCAAUCCACUUCGGGUCAAGACAGUGACCGGGAGCAGGACGACUUUAUCUACAAGGAGAAUACUGGAAGUAGAAGCAAACAAGGCAAAAGACCUGCUUCCACGACUACACCAGAGCAGAAAAAACUCGAUCUCGUCCGCGACGCCCAGCUCGCACUACAGGACGUCGGCUUUAGCAAACUAAAAGCAAGAGAUCUCGCCCGGAAAAUCGCCGGGUUUAGGCGGGAAGAUGUGGAGGAUGACAUGGACUUGACCGAAGAAGAGAAGAAAAUCGCGAUGAAAGGGUUAAAUAUUUUUACCGAGAACAACAUCGAAGAUCUGCAGGAUUUAACCAAAGCUUUGGUUACUCACAAACCGCAAUUCUUCGCCGAGGCGAUGAGCUUGGAGUCGCAGAAGGAAGUGCAACAGAAGAUCCUGAGCAGCGGUGUAGAUGACCAGGAAUUUUUUCCAAUUUCGUUGUUGGAGGCAAGAUGUGCGGGGGUCGUUGCGAGUAGGAUUCAAUCUGCAGCAAGUCCAUUCGGCGGGGUGGGAAUGAAAAAGGCCGCAGGAAAUGCAAGUAAAACCAUGUCGAGAAAGAAGAGCAAUCGAUGA